AUGGCAACAGCAAAUAAUCUAAUAGUAGGUGCACGCUGUGAAAUUCACGGUGACCGCGGCACUAUUCGGUUCGUCGGCCAUACAGAUUUCCAGCCGGGCAAAUGGGUAGGCGUGGAGUUGGAUAACAUGAAAGGAAAGAAUGAUGGAUCGGUGAACGGAAAAAAAUAUUUUGAAUGCAAACCGAAUUACGGGGUAUUUGUGAGAGCGUCGCAAAUUAAGACGAUAUUGCCUUCGGCGGAGGGGAAUGAGAAUGGGGGGCCUUCAAUGACACCACAGUCUGACACAUCAAAUCCAUCAUCGAACUCCGCAACACCAGAACCACGAUUCGCCCCUGCAAACGAUCCAACAGUCCUAAAAGCACGCGAACGUUUAAAAUCCCCAACAUUAUUAACAAGUAGCAUGUUACCCAGUCUAAAAAAUGCGUCAGCUACCGCCGCAUUAAGAUCAGGCUCAUUAAAGACACCUGGCUCGGAACAUAUUGAAGAUGAUGCCACAAUGACUGAUGAGGUUUAUUUUGAUGAGCCUCUUGAUACUAAUGGGGAAGCGGAUUUGUCGAUGGCUUCUGCUGCUGGUGGUAGUGAGUAUAAUAUGCGAGAAACGCCUGUGAGGCAAUUGGAUUCCCCAGACCCAUUUUCUUUAUCUAUGUCACGUGACCAGACAGUUCCCCUAAAAGACUUCGAGGAGCUCCGUUUAAAGGUGAAAAUUUUGGAUCGCAAGCUACAAGAAGAACGCGAAAAAGUGCGUGAAGCAGAGUUAAUGAAACAAGAAGCAGCGCAGUUCACUAGCAUAAAACCAAAAUUACAAGCCAAAAUGGUCGAGAUGCAAUCAGAACUCCGCGAACUCCGAAAACAACUUAAAGAAGCUCGGGCUGAAAAAGAACUAUACGAAAACAAGUAUACCGAAGCAGCCGAAUCUAUGGAGAUGAUGACUCUCGAUAAAGAAAUGGCAGAGGAGAAGGCUGAGAAUUUGCAGCACGAGGUUAAUUUGUUAAAGGAGAAGAUCGAAGAGAUUAGCGUUGAUUUGAGUGUGUUUAAACAGGAAGGGGAUUUGAUAAAUAGUACAGAGAUUAAUGUUGACGGACGGACAGCUGUUGAGAUUAUUCAACUUGAACGACAGAAUGAACGAUUAAAGGAUGCACUUGUUAGACUACGAGACGUCACAAGUGAAAACGAGUCCGAACAAAACAAAAAAAUAAAACAAUAUGAAAAAGAAUUGGCAUCAUUGCAAGAGAUCCAAGUUCAAUAUGAUCAAUUAAGAAAUCAUCUUAAAACUGCCGAAAGCCAAAUUGAAGAUCUAAAAGCCCGUUUGGAUGACGCUUUGAGUGCCGAAGAUAUGCUUGAGCAGCUGACUGAGAAGAACUUGGCUAUGGGAGAGAGAAUAGAAGAAAUGCGAAUAACGAUCGACGACCUUGAAGCACUCAAAGAACUAAAUGAUGAACUCGAGGAGAGUCAUAUUGAAAACGAAAAGCAACUGCAAUCUGAACUUGAUCAGAAGGAUAUUCUCAUCAGGGAAUACACGAAACGUAUAGAGGCAGCAGAAGAAACGAAUGCCGACUAUGAGAACACGAUCAAUCAAUUCCGUGAAUUGGUUGCUAAUUUGCAAAGCGAUCUUGAUCAAAUACGACAAAAGGAAGAAAGCCAGUCAGAAUCAAAUAAUCUCAGCAGCCAGUCCCAAGCUAUGCUUAACCUAAACUUCCAACUCCAAUCCACUGUAAUGAAACAACAGGCUAAACAGAUUGAUUUGGAGCUUCGUAAAAUGGAGGCUGUACAGGCGUCUGAUAAAUUGUCUUAUGUGCAGUCUUAUCUACCGGAAUCUUUCUUCAAAACCGAGAACGACUCGAUUAAUUGUCUUCUGCUGCUUAAGCGUCUCGUGUUCAAAUCUGAAUUGGUUAUCAAACAACUCGAUCAGAUUCAUAACAUACCCGAGAAAUUAAAUGCUGUUGUGCCGGAGGAAUUGAUUGCCGUUUGCGAAUUACGGCAAAAACUUGCAUGGUUCUCAGACCUGGGUAAACGACUUAUCGUGUUUAUUAACGGGUGUCCUGUUGAGACAUUCUUGAAAAUGGGACAGGUGUAUCAUGACCUUGUUGGAACAGAGAGACGAUUGGAUUCAAUUGUUGAAAUGUUGCGUAAGGAAGAAUUGAAAGAGGCAAACUACAUUGAAGUUGUGCAAGGAUUUAUUAAUCAACUUGAUCACCUGAAAGACAAAUAUCUCACCAAUACACAGAGUGACAACUCCGAGAAAUUCUAUGCGUUUGUACGUGCAGUCGAUUUCAAUGCUGAUACGAUUGCUGUUACUUUGGGUCAUAUUAAACAGGCGGUUGCUCUUGCUUGCAAAGAUGACGAAGUCAAUGUUUCUGGUAUUGAACAGUUUACUACCGAAUUCUUCCGUCCUUUGCAAAAUCUGGUCACUAAAUCAAAGAGUAGCAAGGUCAUGGCAAGAAAGUUGCUUCGUCGUUUGGACGACCUGGCACAACCAAAAAAACCUCUCACCUUGAAACCUGAGCUCCUCGCGCAAUUUCAGACUUGUUAUACUACUAGUGCUAAUUUGGUGUCAUUCUGUCUUGAGGCAUGGAAAGAAAUCUCCUCAUAUUUAAGUCAAAAGAAAGAACUAAUGUUCAGCGGUCUCCAACAACUAAUUUACAAAGUUACAGAACGCAUCCUUAGCAUCAACGAGAUGAACAUGUGGGAAGGGUGUACGCACUCGUUGCAAGGGUUGUGUCAGGAAGUUGACAAUUUGAAUAAUUUGUCAAACGAUAGUGAGCGUUCUGUGGAAGUGGUUAGGAGUGAAUCACCAUGGGUAAUAAGAGCCAAAAAUAUCAAGGCUGAAGUUCUUGUUAAUUUGGAGAUGGAACGUAAAGUUCAACAGUCAGCCGAAGAGAUUCGUGAAUUAAUUAAGGAAGUUAAAUUAAAGGAUCAAGCUCUGCAAGAAGCGCAAGUGAAAAUCGAUUUACAAGAGAAACGUUUGGAGAGUAUGAAAAAUCAGUCUGACCAAAUCGCCUCACUCGAACAAAAAUUACUCAACUCGCAAAAACAACAAACUCAAUACGAAGAGGCGAUGAAUAGCCUCCACACAGAAUUUGAAAAAUUAGAAAAAGAAAAUCAUCAGUUCAAAGUAUUGCAAGUGACUUUGGAAGACCAUGUUACAACACCAACCACAUCAAAACGCAAUACAAUGACCAGUUUUCCUGAUGAGGAAGAUUUCAGUAGUCAGAUUAUUGAAACUAAUUCUGUUGAGAUUCAAAGACUGAAUAGUCAGAUUGAAUCGCUUAAAUUUGCCGUACGGUUCUUACGGGCAGAAAACUCUCAGCUCAGAGGCCGUGUCGCAAUCGACAUAUUAAACUUACACUUACCACCAAAGAAAAGAUCGAUAAAUGACAACGAAGUGGUGAAGUCUGUUGCACAGGAAGCCAAGUCGUUGCUUAAGGAAUUCCGCGCAGCAAGAGCCACCCUAAAAAUCGUCGACCUAAACAAAGCAACAACAAACCAUCGAGGCUGGCAACCAAAAGGCAAACUGCCCAAUUCACAGUACUUGAAACAACAAUCGGCACUUGAGAUGUACAAGUUGCAACAACGAAGUAAUGAGUUGAAAGCUAAACUCGCACAAAUUGGCAAAACUGAUAAACUGAAACUUGUCAAGCACGGUGGAUCGGGAACACAACCUCCAUUCAUCGGUCGCAUACAAGUCCCGUUACCAGAAAGCACCACCACACACCAUCAUUCUGAGAACAAGUCUUCGCUGACGAAAACGCCGCUACGGCAUAUUAUUAAACUGAAAAAUGCGGCGGACUUUGAAAAGAUCCAUACGAUUUUUGUGAACUGA